AUGCCUCCUCCUACUUCAUCCACACCAGACCCAUCGUCUCGCGCCGCUCUCUCUCCCGCCUCGCCCGCCUCGCCUGCCUCGCCUGCCUCGCCUGCCUCGCCUGCCUCGCCUCCUCCCAAACUCUCUGCCACGACUCUGACAACACCAGCAGUGGCCUCGUUCGACCGCCGCCUCCACCACCGCCGGAACGCGUCCAGCUCGACUACACCUGCCUCGUCGCCGGCUGUCGCUGCCGCUGUCUCCGUCUUCCGCUCUCGCCAUUCCGAAGACGACGCUGUCCACCACGGCCUCUCCAAGAUGCUCCAGAAGCGCCGCCGCGACGGCCACCAACACAUGUCCACCAUGGACUUCCCCGAGCGGUUAAAGGUCGCCACUGACGGGGCCGAGGACGAGGAAGUCUUGCGACCAAACGGCCAGUCAAACGGCGUCUUCAUGAACCUCAAUCAGAGCAUCUUUGGCCUGAUCGCCGCCGCCGGCUCGACCGUCAACUUUAACAACCGCUUUGAGGGCCAAUCGAGCGACGAAGGCGACGAUGAGGACGAUGAGGACACCGACAAGAAUGAGGCCGAUGAUAACAGCAGAUCUCCUGCGUUGGACGGCACAUCCGAAUCGCAGAGAGCCGCCUGGCUGGCCAGAAAACGACAUGAUGGCGACUCGUCUGCAGAUCGGACCGAUAAGAAGGACAAGAGGAGAAGCAAGGACCUCUCACAGUCCAACCUAUUCUCGCGCAUCUCCGGCGGAAGCAGUAACGUCAGUCUCGCCGACAAGCCGGGCGAUCGGCACAGUCGAUUGUCUGAGAACAGGCUGCUACGGUCACUGCCGUCCCUGAAGACGAGAUUGUCCGUGAGGCACAGUCGUAAGACAUCCAAGGAGGCCGGCACGGUCCCGUCGACGGAGAAGCAGACAGGCAGCGACAGCAGUAGGAGAAGAAGCAGGAUCGACGAGGAAGACGAAGAACAGGACGACAGGGCGCCGACGCCGACACCGGCGACAAUAACGCGGACAGGCGCACCGGCACCUGCUGUGACUUACGUGGUGUCGCCGGUCGACUCGUCGGCCUCGGUCGCAGUCAACGACGAUGGCCUCUCGGCCUCGGUCUUGGCGCUCCCUCGUGGCGAGCGCAGCAACAGCGUCCGCAGCAUCGCUCCGGUGAUGAGCCGCAUGCUCGAGGCCAAGGCUGAGCUGGCAGCCCGGCCGAGCUUCGACUUUGAUCGGCGCUCCAGCGACAAGAGCCGGACGGCCAACAACGACAGCAACGACACGGACGUCGACUCGGACGACGCCAUUGGCUCCUCGGCCUUGGCUCGCAAGCUGAUGGAGAUCUUCGACUUUGAGAAGCCCGAGGAGGUCAUCGAGGAGUAUCCCUGCUGGCUGCUGCAGAGCGUAUUGCUACAAGGAUACAUGUACAUUACGGCCAACCACAUCUGCUUCUACGCCUAUCUUCCCAAGAAGGCGAACGAGGUCUCCAAGUCCGGCUACCUGGCCAAGUCCGGCAAGCGAAAUCCAAAAUACAACCGAUACUGGUUUCGGCUCAAGGGCGACGUGCUCGCCUACUACCGCGACCCAUCCAAUCUGUACUUCCCCCACGGCCAGAUCGACCUGCGCUAUGGCAUCUCAGCCACGGUCACAGACCGCGACAAGGACGGGGUGCACUUCCAGGUGGUCACGCACCACCGCACCUACUACUUCCGGGCCGACAGCGCCCCCAGCGCCAAGGAAUGGGUCAAGAGCCUGCAGCGCGUCAUCUUUCGCUCGCACAACGAGGGCGACAGCGUCAAGAUCUCGCUGCCCAUUGCCAACGUCAUCGACGUGGAGGAGACCCAGACGAUGGUGGAGUUUGCCGACACCUGCAAGAUUCGCGUCAUCGACAACGACGAGACCUAUGCGAUCGACGAGUACUUCUUCUCCUUUUUCGACUACGGCAAGGAUGCCGUCCGCGUGCUGCGCAUCCUCAUCGAGGACGCCAACCAGCAGCAGCAGUCGCCCAAACGAGGCCGGGACCACACAGACGAAUCCCUUGCGCUGCGUCUGCAGAUGCGAUCGACCGCGUCGCCACAGCAGUCCGCCGACGAUGCAGACGAGUCUGCGAGCGCCUCUGCGCCCGAACGGGGUCCUGCUGCUCCGGGCGCAAGCGGCAGCUUCAACGGCAACAUUCCCGCUGUCGCUUCGGCGUCGGACAGCCGGAUCUUGAAGGCGACAAAGCUGCACAGCUCCGUGCGCGCGACUCUGAGCCCGGUGUCGCCCCCCACCAGUCCCCGGGUCAGCGGCGAGUUUCCGCGCAGCAGCUUUGAUGCCCUGCGCACAUCCUUCAGCGGACGUCGCAGCCUGGACACGAGCGUGGCUCAGCUGGGGGAGGCCCCGCCACGGCGCAGCUUCAGCGACUACAGCCGGCGGUCGCUCAGCACAGACCGCGACCGCCGGCCUGCGCGGUCAUCACGCCAGCAACAGCAGCGGCACCCGCUCGCAGGCUCGACCGACUCGAUGGUGCCGCUGUCGUCGAUGGACCCGAGCGUGGCGAGCCUGUCGGGUCUCGUGGUCUCCUCGACCGAGAACGACCAAUCGUCGGCCAGUCAGAUCCUGCACGGCAGCGAAAUCUUCAAGGGCCCCACCAUUGUGCACCGGUCAGCCUCGGCGUCGCGUCGGCGGGAGGGCAAGCGCGCGUCGUGGCAGCCAGGCAGGACAUCAGGGUCAGCACGGCACUUUGACAGCGGCCGUGUCGGUGACAGCGAGCACGCGUCGUCGGCCGACUCGCAGACGUUGCCGUCGGACAUUGCCACUGGUGGCGGCGCGAUAACGCCGGGAGGCACGGCCAGCCUGCAGCGUCUGGCCAAGAUGGGAUCCUAUCCGCUGCAGCGAGCGGGCGCCUACGCCGGAUGGCUCAACCAACAGUCACGGCGGAUGAGUUCGCUGCUGGCGACCGAGUCGAUGGGCUACGUCGAGAAGGUGUCGGGCAUGUGGAAGGGUGGACAUCGACACUACAACGAGGGACCCGGGCCCGGAUCCGGGCUCAUGCGCAUGGGCGAAGAGCUAGACGACGACACGGCCGGCAUGGGCGGUGCUGGUGGCGAAGGCGAGGCGCCGGACCUAGCCGUCAUCAACGAACGGUUCCGCGCACACUUUGCACUGCCGGAAACGGAGCGUCUGCAGGCGACGUACUUUGGCUACCUGAUGCGGGUGCUGCCGCUGUACGGCAAGAUCUACAUCAGCGACCGGUCGUUCUGCUUCCGCAGCCUGCUGCCAGGGACUCGGACCAAGCUGAUCUUACCGCUGCGCGACAUCGAGAAUGUGACGAAGGAGAAGGGCUUUCGGUUCGGCUUCUCGGGCCUUGUGGUGGUAAUUCGCGGACACGAGGAGCUCUUCUUUGAGUUUGGCCAGGCCGAGAUGCGCGACGACUGCUCGGUGACGCUGUUACGCGGCUUCGAGUCGGCCCGCUACCUGCGAGAGUCAGGUCUGCUGAACGAGGACGAGAAGGCGGGCGCGCAGACGGCGCUGGCCGAGCGAGACGCCCUGCAGGAGGCCCGACAGGCUUCCCGAGAGGGAGAGGAAGGUGGUGGCGAGAACGACAACGACAGCACGCCGGCAGCAGCCAACGUGAUGAGGCUGACAGAAUCACCGACAACGAUCCUGUUUGACGACCCGCGCGCUUCGUUCCUCAACUUCAAGCCAGCAGAGCCUCUUCGGAUCACGUGCCUGACCAUUGGAUCGCGUGGUGAUGUGCAGCCGUACAUUGCGCUGGGCAAGGGCCUGCAAGCAGACGGACACCACGUGCGAAUUGCGACGCAUCCCGAGUUCGAGGACUGGAUCCGCAGUCACGGGCUAGACUACGGCCGCGUGGAGGGCGACCCGGGCGAGCUGAUGCGGAUUUGCAUCGAGAACGGCACGUUCACGUUGCAGUUUCUGCGCGAGGCCAAUUCCAAGAUGCGCACCUGGCUGGACGAGCUGCUGGCAUCGGCAUGGACGGCGUGCCAGGACGCGGAGCUGCUGAUCGAGUCGCCGAGCGCGAUGGCGGGCAUCCACAUUGCUGAGCGGCUGCAAAUUCCCUACUUCCGAGCCUUUACGAUGCCAUGGACGCGCACACGAGCCUAUCCGCACGCCUUCAUCAUGCCAGAGCACAAGAUGGGCGGGGCGUACAACUACAUCACGUACGUCAUGUUCGACAACAUCUUCUGGAAGGCAACGGCGUCACAGAUCAACCGGUGGCGCAACAAGAUGCUGGGACUGCCCAACACAACGCUAGAGAAGAUGCAGCCGAACAAGGUGCCGUUCCUCUACAACUUUAGCUCGUCCGUGGUGCCGCCUCCGCUGGACUAUAGUGAUUGGAUCCGCGUGACCGGGUACUGGUUCCUGGACGAGGGCAAGAAGGAGGGGAAGGAUGGAAAGGAUAAAAAAGACGAGACCCCCCCCUGGUCGCCGCCACAGGACCUAGUCGAUUUUAUCGCCAAGGCGCGACAGGACAAGAAGAAGCUGGUGUACGUGGGCUUCGGAUCGAUCCUGGUGCCGGACCCGGCCAAGAUGACGCAGGAGGUGAUUGAUGCGGUGCUCAAGGCAGACGUGCGCUGCGUCCUGUCCAAGGGCUGGUCGGAUCGGCUGGCGGGCGACAAGGACAAGGCCGACGACGACGACCACACGCGCGUCGAGGUGCCGCUGCCACCAGAGUUGUUCCAGAUCAAGUCGGCACCGCACGACUGGCUCUUUGCCCAGAUGGACGCGGCCGCGCAUCACGGUGGCUCCGGCACCACGGGUGCAUCGCUGCGGGCUGGCAUCCCGACCAUCAUCCGGCCCUUUUUCGGCGACCAGUUCUUCUUUGGUGGCCGUGUCGAGGAUCUCGGCGUCGGCAUCUGCCUCAAGAAGUGGGGAGCGACCAGCUUUGCGCGUGCUCUCUGGGAGGCUGCCAACUCGGGCCGGAUGAUCAAGAAGGCAGCCGCAUUGGGAGAGCAGAUCCGACAGGAAAACGGCGUCGAUACCGCCAUCCAGUGCAUCUACCGCGACAUGGAGUACGCCAAGUCGCUCGUGCGGGCCAAGGCCGGCAAGACGACUGGCCGUGGCAGCGAGACCGGAGCUGCCGGCCGCACCGCUGCUCCUGACGACUACGAGGAGGAGCCCGAGGAGAGCUGGACGUUUGUCGGCAACGACGACAGCAACAACGUGCACGGCGCCGACCUCAUGCUGCAGUCGGUCAUUCUCAGCCCCGACGGCGGGAAAUCGGGCAAGGCGCUGGGCAGCCGGGUGUUGGGACAGGUGGCUGUCUGA